CUUUACUAUUUUCUUUCUCUCUCUCUCUCUCUCUCUCUCUCUCUGGUUUCCUCCAUUGCAAACUAAGCUUCCUUUCCAGCUUUCUCUCAAACACCCAAAGACCCACCAACCAUUUUACCCACCUCUUCCCUUUUCUUUUUUCUUUUUUGCUUAUAUAUGUAAGCUUCUAUCUUUCUCUUUCUCUCUCUCUCUACAUUUUUGCUUGAAAGAUUAGAUUUUUGUCUGGCCUUUUCUUGCCCAUUUCUUUUUAUCAUUAGCUGAAUUCUUUUUUUGGCCCACUUGGAAGGCCACAACCAAAAAAAAAAAAAUAAAGGAAAAGGCUUCUACUUGUAUACUACUCUUCUCUUUGCAAUUGCAGCUAUACCUCUUUUCAGGCCUUUGGGUUUUGUUCUGCAUUGGCUUCUUAUCUUUUGCUCAUCGAGAGUCCCUCUUGGAUGCUAAAAUAAAAGGCUUUUUCUUUGCUUCUGUGAAUGCUCAAGGAAGAAGAUCAAGAUAGGAAUGCAUUAAAGUUUUGGUCCGGUGUACAAGAGACUACAUACAAUUUUGACUGUUAAAACCCAGAAGAUCAGAUAUGUCAUCUGAAGGCGCCUUAAAUGCUGAAUUAUCAAAGAAGACAUCAUUUUUGGGUCUAAAACUUUGGGUUUUGAUUGGUAUAUCUGUUGGGGCAUUUAUAGUGUUGAUUCUUUGUAUCUUAUCUAUAUGGGUUACAUUUCGAAGGAGAUCCAGAAGAUCAGUAGACAAGUUCCCACUUUCUCAAAUACCAAAUGUCUCAAAAGAUAUCAAGGUUGACAAGGUCGGGGUUCAGAGCUUCAAUGAUCAUCCUGAAAGUUUAUUCCUUUCUGUUCAUGAUAAAUCAAGUGAUAAAAAUUCAGAGAAAAUGCUAGCUCAUUUGGGGGUAAGCAAAUCGAGUGAUCCUGAUAAUAUCAGUCAAUGUAGUUCCAUUUACCAUCAUGAGAGAGGUUUUAGUUCCCAUUCAGGGGAAGAAGGGAGCUCUGGAACGGUCCGAAAGCAGUCUGCAUUGUCAUAUGGAGGACUAGUAACAGCCUCUCCCUUAGUUGGUCUGCCAGAAAUUUCACAUCUUGGGUGGGGUCACUGGUUUACUCUUAGGGAUCUUGAGCUCGCCACAAAUCGUUUCUCAGCAGAGAAUGUGCUUGGAGAGGGUGGAUAUGGGGUGGUUUACAGGGGCAGACUGAUCAACGGAACUGAAGUAGCAGUAAAGAAGCUUCUUAAUAAUCUGGGACAGGCAGAAAAAGAGUUUAGGGUUGAAGUGGAGGCCAUUGGUCAUGUUCGACAUAAGAAUCUUGUGCGGCUUCUGGGUUAUUGCAUAGAAGGAGUUCACAGGAUGCUGGUAUAUGAAUAUGUGAAUAAUGGUAACUUGGAACAAUGGCUACAUGGGGCAAUGCGCCAGCAUGGUACCCUUACUUGGGAGGCUCGCAUGAAGGUUAUUCUUGGUACUGCCAAGGCGCUUGCUUAUUUGCAUGAAGCAAUAGAACCGAAAGUUGUUCACCGGGACAUAAAAUCAAGUAACAUCUUGAUUGAUGAUGAUUUCAAUGCCAAGGUUUCUGAUUUUGGACUGGCCAAGCUCUUGGGUUCGGGAGAGAGUCAUAUCACAACUAGAGUUAUGGGGACAUUUGGUUAUGUGGCACCAGAGUAUGCUAAUACUGGGUUGUUAAAUGAGAGGAGUGAUAUCUAUAGCUUUGGUGUCCUCUUGCUUGAAGCUGUCACUGGAAGAGACCCUGUCGACUAUGGGAGGCCAGCUAAUGAGGUCAACCUUGUUGAGUGGCUUAAGAUGAUGGUUGGAACAAGAAGAGCAGAGGAAGUAGUGGAUCCAAAUCUUGAAGUUGGACCCACAACACGUGCUCUCAAGCGUGCUCUUUUGGUGGCACUUAGAUGCGUUGAUCCUGAUGCAGAUAAGCGACCCAAAAUGAGUCAGGUUGUACAAAUGCUUGAAGCUGAUGAAUACCCAUUUCGUGAGGACCGAAGGAACAGAAAGAGCCGUACAGCCAGCAUGGAAAUCGAAUCAAUGAAGGAAUCAACCGAUAUGGAGAGCAAGGCAGGGGAAUCACAGAGCAAUGUGACUGAGACGACUCAUAAGUAGGACUGACAAAGCAUGACUUGGUGAAUAAUGGUGUCAAUUUAAAGCUUUCAGUAACCCAUUGAUACAUGUACAUCCCAAAGUUUGUUUGUUUUGGAGAAAUUUCCUGCUUCCAUGAGAGGAAUCAGCUUGAAGAUAGCCCAUUAGGAUUUUGAAUUGCUGGCAGCUGUUUCUUUACUUUUUCCUUGGGCAUGUCACACAUUUGGUCACCGCAUCAGGAUGAAAAGCUGCUUUCAAGCAGAUGAAAGGGUAACAUCAGAAAGAGAAAGAGAGAGAUAGGGGUUCUUGUUGUACAGGUGUGUCUCGGGGACCGGUGGGCUGUCUUUUAUACUAUUAUAUGAUUAUUAUUUUUUUUUUCUUUUUUACCCCGGGGAUUCAAUUACUGUUCUUUGGAUGGUAAUUGAAUUUAUAUUUUAUAUCACUUUUUUGCUUUUUUUUUUUAAUUUAUUAUUUUGUACCAACCAUCAAAGUAUUGAAGAAUCAAUGAUCAUUUUCGUUUCCCUUUUUGCUCUUUAUACAGCAAAUGCCUUGCACUUU